CGUCCGGUCCGGCCUGCGCGCGGCGUGCGCCUGCCACAACAAUGGCCUGCCAUCUCGUCUUCUCCGUCGCCGUCGCGGCCGCGCUGCUGAUGCACCGCGCUAAGGGGUACCCCUGGGCGCUGUGCGGCGACGACACGGGCAGGGGCGGCAACUUCCCGGCCAGGAGGAGCACCUACCUCGCCAACAUCAACCUCGUCGCCGCCACCCUGCCCCGCAACGCCUCCGCGUCGCCGGAGCUUUUCGCCACCAUCGAGGGCGCCGGCGCCGGCGCCGCCCCGGACCGGGUCUCGGCCCUCGCGCUCUGCCGCGGCGACGCCAACGCCUCCACCUGCCUCGCCUGCCUCACCCAGGCCUUCCUCGACCUGCCCAACGCGUGCGCCUACAACAAGGUCGCCACCAUCUUCUACGACUCGUGCCUGCUCACCUACUCCAACGCCAGCAUCAUCGCCGGCGACUUCCGGGCGAAGGUUCCGGCGUACGGGAACAAAGACAGCGGUAGCGUCACGACGGAGACGGCCCGGUUCAACCGCGUCAUGGCGACGCUGGUGAAUGCCACGGCGGACUACGCGGCGUACAACUCCACGCGGCGCUACGCCUCCGGGGAGGCCGACUUCAACCAGGAGUUCCCCAAGCUGUACAGCUGGGCGCAGUGCACGCCGGACCUGACGCCGGCGAGGUGCCGGAGGUGCCUCGCCCAGAUGACCGGGAGAUAUAUUCCGCUAUUGGAGAACUCCACCGGAGGAUUUGUCCGUGCAGUCAGGUGCAGCUUCCAGUACAGUACCUUGCCCUUCCUCGAUGGUCCAAUGCUGGUACAGCUACCCGGAACGCCGGCGCCGGCGCCGGCACCGGCGGCUGUGGUGCCCGCUGUUAAUGCGACGCCGCCAGCAGCCACGCCGACGCCUGAAGGAGCUAAUUCAGGGAGAAAGUACAGCGUCCCUGGAUUGGUUCUUAUAAUUCUGCUGCCUACGGUAGCAGCAAUGAACAUUGUGGUUGGACUACGUUUCUGCAGAAGGAAGCGACCCGUGACAAAAGCAAAGCGCACAUAUGGCAAUUACUCCAACGAAACAGAGGACAUUGAAAGUCUAGACUCGAUGCUCAUCGACAUCUCUACUCUGCGAGCUGCAACCGGUGAUUUCGCAGAGAGUAACAAGCUUGGAGAGGGCGGAUUCGGUGCUGUGUACAAGGGCGUGCUCCCGGACGGGUACGAGAUAGCAGUGAAGAGACUGUCAAAGAGCUCGACGCAGGGAGUGGAGGAGCUGAAGAACGAGCUCGCGCUGGUUGCGAAGCUGAAGCACAAGAACCUCGUCAGCCUUGUCGGGGUGUGCUUGGAGCAGCAGGAGAGGCUGCUCGUCUACGAGUUCGUUCCGAACCGGAGCCUCGACCUGAUCCUUUUCGACACUGAGAAAAGUGAGCAAUUGGACUGGGAGAAGAGGUACAGGAUCAUAAACGGGAUCGCUCGAGGCUUGCAAUACCUCCACGAAGACUCCCAGCUCAAGGUGGUCCACCGUGAUCUCAAGGCGAGCAACAUCUUGCUGGACGCGAACAUGAACCCCAAGAUUUCAGACUUCGGCCUCGCGAGAACAUUUGGUCGAGAUCAGACCCAGGCUGUCACGAAGCACGUCAUCGGCACAUAUGGAUACAUGGCGCCUGAGUACCUGAUGCGUGGCAACUACUCUAUCAAGUCAGACGUGUUCAGCUUCGGCGUCCUGGUCCUGGAGAUAGUUACAGGAAGGAAGAACAACCACUGCUACAACUCCCAACAGUCUGAAGAUUUCUUGACCAUGAUGUGGGAGCGAUGGGAGGCUGGAACGGUGCUGGAGACGGUAGACGCGGCCAUGACUGGCUGCUUCUCGGAGAGCGACCUGGUGAGAUGCAUCCACAUCGGGCUCCUCUGCGUGCAGGGGAACGCCGGCGGCCGGCCGGUGAUGUCGUCGGUGGUGCUGAUGCUCGGCACGGACACCGUGGAGCUCCUGGCGCCGGCCAAACCGACGCUCUUCGCCAGGAACGGCAGCGACAGGUCCGGCGUUGACACCGGCAUGUCGAUCGUGUCGUUGGAGGAGCAGUCGUAAUCAAGUGCAGAAAAGAGGGAACUCUGGCUGUUUAUCGUUGUUGAUUCGGAGCAGUAGAGGAGUGUAUUGUGCUCCUGUACCUAUGCGUAGCAAGAAAUGUCUGCUGGGUUUUUCGUCGGAGUGAUCACGAAACGUAUCAAACGAUACAGAGAUGUCUGCCUGACUUACCUUACUCCCUAAAUACACUUGUUUUCUUUUCUGUUUA